ACCAGCGAAUGAACCAUCGCUCCACGAGCAUCAGAACAAAACCGAAAUUGCGCAAAAAAGGAAAGCAAAACAUCCCAUCCGCGAUAGAACGGCCUUCGCGCGAAUAGCCCUUAUAUAAAAGCAUUGGCUCGCUCCUGUUUGCUCAAUAGAUCAUCUAGCGUGUUGCACUCGAUCGGUGGUGCGACUCUAUCGGCAACAUUACAGUUUGCGCGCACGUUCUGCACCGUGAUAGUGGUCUAAACAUAUGUUCCACUCUCCAUCUAAGGAUCGCCGCGUGGUGUGAAAACAGUUGAUCAACGAUAAUUGGAUUUAUUUGGCCUCGAUCGGAAGCAAACAAAACGCUGUGAACAACCACUGAACUUGGACCAACCAUUUACAGGCAAUCUUGUAGAAGAGUGUUAGCUGCUGCCACCGUUUGAUCGGCAUCGAAUGCGCACCCCUUCAUUACGUGUUGAUUGAGUGAAGCUAAAAAUAACCUACCCAAACGCAGAGCUGCCCUACACACCAAGAUGAGGUCACUGUCAUUGGUGCUGUCGACCCUGUUGAGUUUGCUGCUGUUGAGCGAAGUGACCCUAGCGUCGCCGGUUCUUGACAAACUGUUUGGUUUCGCGGCGUACCAACCGGGGUAUUCUGGCUACGGCUAUGGAGGGAACCAGUACGGAUAUUACAGUUCCGGUGGAGGAGGAUAUAGUCCAACGCACAAGAAGAAGCCCAAGGGACGCUCGUACAAGGACAUCUGUCGGGUAAUAAAUCCAACGCCAUACGCCCAGCCAGGUAGUGUUCCCUAUCCCGCGGCGCCAUUCUGCCCGUACUGAAGGAAAGUUAACAACUGAGCGAUCGUUUCGAAUAUUCGUGUGUGUUUAUUGCGUCGGAAAUUAUUCGUUUUUUCUACAAUGUGAGAUUUAACCCUGAAUUGUAUAUAGUUAGUGAUAAGGUGAUAAUAAAGUGCAAAGUAUUGUAAGUUUAUAUCAAAGCAUCGAGCGGAAUGUGCUACACGCAGCCAACUAUUUUCGACAUAAUAAAAAUAAAUUGUGAUUGAUCUGUUGUCACUUAUUCAAAAAGUAUAAUUGUGAAUGUAUGUAGAAUAUAAACUUUCUUUUAUUAAACU